AAACCUCCAUUGAACUCAAAAUUUUCCACCCUUUAUAAUCUCCCUCUUCACUAAUCAUUUUCCACUCAAUUCAAUUCAAUUCUUUCAUAGACUCAACCAACAAAAAGGAUUAAAAAUAAAUUUCUCUUAUUUCAAAUUUUUCCUUUUUUAAAUGGAUUCUUCUUCACUAGAUUUGAUAAGGCAACAUCUUCUUGAUGAUGUUGUUUUCAUGGAAAAUUAUUGUUCUUCUUCUUCUUCAGAAACUAGUAGUACCCUUUAUUCUCAAAGCUCAUCUACUUCUGAAUCUUUAGAAUCAUUAACCUCUGAGAUCAAACUAGAAAACAAUUUCUCUUUUUAUCCUGAUUUCAUUAACACAACUCAAAGUUCAAAUCUUGAAUUCCAAGCAAAAACUCAAAAGAAAAGAAGUUUCAAUGAAAGGAAACCUUCUUUGAAUAUUUCAAUUCCUUCUGUCCUGAAAACAGAGGCACCAAAAACAGAGCAACAAAAAACAGGGGAAUUGAAAACAGAGUACUCUGUUUUGAAAAAAGGAGAAAUUUUGGAGAAAAAACGAUACAGAGGAGUGAGGCAAAGGCCAUGGGGGAAAUUUGCAGCGGAGAUUCGUGAUCCGACAAGAAAAGGAACACGGGUUUGGCUAGGAACAUUCAAUACUGCAAUGGAUGCAGCUAUGGCAUAUGACAGAGCAGCAUUUAAGCUCAGAGGUAGCAAAGCGAUAUUGAAUUUCCCACUUGAAGUAAGCAAUUUCAAGCAAGAAAAUCAUGUAAUUGAGGAAAAUGUAGUAAAUUUGAAUUCUAAUGGGAAAAGGUUAAGAGGAGAAAUGGAGAAUGAUGACGGAGUUGUGAUGAAGAAAGAGGUGAAAAGAGAACAAAUGGUGGCAACUCCAUUAACACCUUCAAAUUGGUCUUCAAUUUGGGAUUGUGGAAAUGGAAAAGGUAUAUUUGAAGUGCCACCUUUGUCACCAUUAUCACCACAUCCAUGUUUUGGUUACUCUCAACUUUUGGUUUCAUAGCGAAAUGACCAAAAAGUCCAACUUGAAUAUGUGAUGGCAUAGUGAUGGUGUUAUCGCGAUCCACUGAGAUUUAAGCAUUUAUUUCUAAAAAGAAACGUUGUAAACAUGAGAUGAUUUCAAGUGCAAAAGGGUAAAAAGGGGUACCUUUGGGAAAUUUGGAUAGAAAUAUUUGAAGAUUAGCAUGUUCUUAAAACAAUGAUGACAAGUACAAAUGAAGAAACAUGGAGAGAUGGGGGAGAAUGGAAGUGUUUUGGAUAAUGCAUAUUAUUUUAAUAUUCUUGAAUCAUUGAUUAAGUUUUAUUUUAUGUAAAUAUGAGCUCAAUCUAGAAUUUUAUUUGAUUUGUUUAUUUAAGGAAAAAGGUUCAAAUAUAUUUCUAGUUUUAA